AAAUUUCUCAUUUCUUAAAUUAUGAACAAAAAAUACAGCAUUUACAACAAAUUUUCACAUAGGAGCAAAGAGUCAGUUUAGAAAGAAAAGCAUGAGAGUGGAGCGAGGAUUUGGACGAUAAUUAGUGCGAAAAAGCCUUAUAUUUGUGAAAAUACUUCUAAAUUUCUAUCAUUCGAAAAACACUGAGUAUAAUAUCAAUUACUAGAUUUAUUGUCAUAUGUUUUACUGUAAAAUAUACUCUAUGAUCUGUCUCUUAGACAAAUUCUCUUUCUCUCUCCUCAUUUUACCAAUAUAAUUUUAAUCAUUCACAGAUUGUUGAGCUUUUACAUGAAUAUUUUCACAAUUUUGGGAUCUCCUUAUUUUUUGGGUUCAUGAAAAUUUUCUAACAUCUUUUCAGGAGGGUUUGUUUCUCUCUUGCUAAAUCUACUCUUCCUUUUUCACAACAACAAAAAAAAAUUUUUUUUGCUCCGUUUUAGCCGUUGAGAUUUGAUAUUCAUUGGGUUUUAAUGAAAAUUUUCCCUAAAUUAUAGAUCAUUUUAGAUUUUGGUUUUUAUACCAAUAAUUUUACCUCUCAAAAAAAUAAACAAACCCAAUGUUUUCAUAUGUUAAUAUUUUGGUCCUUUUUAAGCAUCUCUAAGUGCAUAGCAUCUUAGUCUAGUGUGUAGUAGUAUAAUGAGUCAAUAUAAAUCCUCUUACUAUACUUAGUAUAAAAAAUUUCUUAUUUUGAGCUACUUGUUAGAUGUCUCAAUUAUUUGAUCCUAAAUUCUUUGAUCAACAUUUGAUCAUGCAUUGAAUUAAUCUAGAUUUUGUUUUUUUUUUUCAUUUUCAUGUAUGUAAUUAUUAUAGGCUCAAAAAAUGUGAAGGAGUGAAAAAGAAAGAAUGAUUCAUGAAGAUGAAAAUAAAGUUUGGAGUAAUAGUGAUGGUGGUGGUGAUGGUGGAAGUAUUACUAUAUCAUCAUCAAAAAAGUUGAAGCAAAGAAAAGUACCACAAAGAGGAUUAGGAGUGGCUCAACUUGAGAAGAUCAGGAUGGAAGAACAACAAAAUGAGGAUUUUUCUUCCACACUUUCAUCUACAAGUUCUUCCUCUUUAGCCACUAAUCCAUUGCCUAAUUAUCCACUUACUAUUAAUAAUAAUUACAAAGCAUCAAAACUUGAUCUACCAUAUAAUCCUCCAUCUCCUCCUUCUUCAAUGCCCAUGAAUGUGUCUCCUCCCAAUCCCAUUUUUCGACCUCAUUUGUCACCCAAUACCAAGAAUUUCAACUUAGGUACGAUUCCGUCUUUGAAUCCCACCAAUGGUGAUGAAUUUGGAGUUGGAUGGCCUUCGAUUCCGGUCCAUGGAAGUGUUAGUUUUCCUAAUAUGUGGCAUCCGAAUUCUCAUCAAUUUAGUGUUGAUCAUAAAGGGGAAAACUCGAUUUUUAGGCCUCAUUUGAGUUUACCUUAUGAAACUUGUAGUAUUGCUCCUUUACCUGAUGUGCUACCAAGGAGUACACAACGAAAUCAACCACUUCUUUCUAAUUCAGUGGUCAAUGUUUCAUCUAUAAAUUUAUCAUCAUCAUCAUCUGUGCUAAGUUUUCCAAUGGAGCCCCCUUCAAACCAAAGCUUUUAUAGCAAUUUCUCACCAUUGUGGCCUGAUGAAGAAAAGAUGAUGGUUGGUAUGAAGAGGUCAUGUCCCUUUCCUUUAGACAACCCUCAAAUCCCUACAUUGCACAGCAAAUUCGUUCCUCUUUCUACUCAUCCACUCUGUCGAUCAGAUGAAACAACACCAGGUGCAUUUGAAGGGACAACAUACAAUCACUUGACUUCCAGUAUCCCAAUCUUCAGAGAAAUCCCUCCAUGUCCAAGUGUAAUGCCUGAGCAGGUAAACUCGAAGAAGAUCAAUAAAUUAGAAAAUGGUACAUCACAUAAUGCAGAAUUUCUUAGAUUGACUCCAUCACCAACUACUUCUUUUACCCAUCCAAGAUUGGAACAAUUAUGCAAAUUUAAAACCGCAAGUAGUAUCGAAGACUCACUUAUGGAUUCAAGAAAAGGCAGCUCAAGCCAGCAUCAGCUUGAAUUGUUAAGCUUCUCCCCACCCACAAAGCUGCCAACAACUACACCUGUAUCGUCUUCAACCAAUCAUAUUCAUUAUAAUGGUGAGGUAGGAAAGAAUAUUGAUCUAAACUUAAGGUUGUAGCAGAUUUUCUUUCUCUUUCAUUUUACAUUUAUAUAAUUUUUGGUUGUACUGUCUUCGUAACAACAUGUUUUCAUUCAAUGAUAGUAUUCGUUGCUUUCCCUCC